CGGUGGAAAACAAAGCGCGUUGAAAGCGCUCUCGCGCGCGCGCAACUGUCAGGUGAGUUAUAGGAUCUCGCAUGGAGCUUUCGGUGAUCGUUCGGGAUCCUCGUCGGGAUAAUCGUGAAGUAUCCCAAUUUAAAGCCGUGAUUUCUGUUCCUUUUCCUCAAGAGCCCGGGAGAUGACGACAUCAAGGGUUCGACACCUGCGAAAGGAGACAAAUGACACCAGAAUGAAAUGAACUAAACAGAAACACACAGCAAUAAAUGUGCUAUACUAGUAAUAAGCAAUUAUUUAAGUUUAGUUGUGUUUGUAUUGUAGUUAAAACAGACGCGGGCAUCCAGCUUCACGAGCUCGUUGUUGUCGUUGGUCACCAUCGAAACGGGAGGAGCGCGCGCGAGAGCGAUGCGCGCCGUCAAAUGAAUCGCUUCUCCUUUCUUUAUAAGCAAGAGGAAGAAAUCUCUUUUCUUCUUACAUUUGUUUUUUGACGUAUGAAAACCCAGAAGAGCGCUUUAAUUGGACAAAGGGGAAAUUAGGGUACCUCGCGAGCGCGUUCCAGUCGCACAGAGUUCAGCGUCCAACAUGUCACGGAGUAAAUUAGUCUAACGAUACUUUCUCAUUUUUUAACGGAUUACACGACGUAAACAAUCUUCGGAAACUGGAAACUGUUGGAUAAGUAAAUAUAGCGUGUUGUUCUCCUGAGGGCUCGCUCGUGCUGAUGAAGUUCCCCAGAGCGCGGGGAGAUCGCGCGUCGCCGUGUGGACCCGCGCGUGCCCAGGGCACGCGGAGCGUGGCAGGAAGGUCAGCUUGAGCUCGUGACACUCGCUGGACUGAGCGCGCGAGGAUGCCGGUACGACGGGGGCACGUCGCGCCGCAAAACACUUUCCUCGACACGAUCAUCAGGAAAUUCGAGAGUCAAAGUAGGAAGUUCAUCAUAGCGAAUGCGCGCGUGGAGAACUGCGCCAUCAUCUUCUGCAACGAUGGCUUCUGCCACAUGUGCGGCUACACACGGGCCGAGGUCAUGCAGAAGCCCUGCACCUGCAGCUUCCUGUACGGCGCACACACACGCCGGCUGGCCAUCGCACAGAUGGCACAAGCGCUGCUCGGGUCCGAGGAGAGGAAGGUGGAGAUCGCGCUCUAUCGGAAAGACGGUGUGUGUUUCCUGUGUUUGGUGGAUGUGGUUCCUGUAAAGAAUGAAGAUGGCGUGGUGAUCAUGUUUAUUCUGAAUUUUGAGGUCAUGCCGGACGAUAAACUGCACGACCCCCAGGAUCUGAAUCACAAGCUGCCUCUGCUGUGGCGUCACUCCAAUCGCGCUCGAGGCAUCCGUUUACGCCUCCCGCUCCUGAACUCCCGGAACAACAGUAAAUCUUCUCUGCGGGAGGAUCCCGAGGCGGGGCGAGGAGCGGGCUUCCCCAGCGGCUCGAGCCCCGAAUCCCUGGCGCUGGGCGAACUCCUCUCGCUGCCAGAACACGAGCGCCCCCGUGUGGCCGCCGGCUCCACCCGCUCCACCAGCCUCGUGACCUCGCCGUCCUCUCGUGACCUGUUGGGCAGCGACCCCUCGUCUCCUCCUCCGGCCCCCCCGCACCCCGUCACGCUGCCUCUGGGUCAGUCCUCGCCUCGACCGCGCCGGCUCGACCCGGACGCCACCGUGUCCAACUGCAGCCUGAGCAACAGCCGCUCGCGCGAGAGCUUUCACAGCAUGCGGCGCGCGUCGUCGGUGGACGAUAUCGAGGCCAUGCGGCCGGAAUGGGAGCGGAAGCACCGAACCCGACCCAUAUGCAGCAGCACGGGAGCCGUGAACAACAAGUCCAGCAUCCUGAACUCUACCUCGGACUCGGAUCUCAUGCGUUACCGCGCCAUCAGCAAAAUCCCCCAGAUCACGCUCAACUUCGUGGACUUUAAAGCGGACCCGCUCAUCUCCCUCCCGCCCGGAGACAUGGACAUCAUCGCCCCCUGCAAACUCAUCGACCGCACACACAACGUCACAGACAAAGUCACUCAGGUUCUGUCUCUGGGCGCCGAUGUUCUUCCGGAGUAUAAGCUCCAGGCUCCUCGGAUCCACAAGUGGACGGUCCUGCACUACAGCCCGUUUAAAGCGGUGUGGGAUUGGCUGAUCCUGCUGUUGGUGAUCUACACCGCCAUCCUCACGCCGUACUCCGCAGCCUUCCUCCUGGCCGAGGAGGACAACGUGUCCAUCAAGAACUGCGUGUACUCCUGCAGCCCUCUCAACGUGGUGGACCUCAUCGUGGACAUCAUGUUCAUCAUCGACAUCAUCAUCAACUUCCGCACCACGUACGUCAACGCCAACGACGAGGUGGUCAGCCACCCGCUGCGCAUCGCGGUGCAUUACUUCAAAGGCUGGUUCCUCAUCGACAUGGUGGCCGCCAUCCCCUUCGACCUGCUCAUAUACCGCACCGGGGAGGAGACGACCACCCUGAUCGGCCUCCUGAAGACGGCGCGGCUCCUCCGGCUGGUGCGAGUGGCUCGUAAACUGGACCGCUACUCCGAGUACGGGGCGGCCGUGCUGUUCCUGCUCAUGUGCACCUUCGCUCUGAUCGCUCAUUGGCUGGCCUGCAUCUGGUACGCCAUCGGGAACGUGGAGCAGAACGGCUCCAUCGGCUGGCUCCACGCGCUCGGCGUUCAUCUGGGCAAACAGCACAACGCCAGCAGCCCCGGAUCAGGGCCGAGCAUCAAGGAUAAAUACGUGACCGCGCUGUACUUCACCUUCAGCAGCCUAACCAGCGUGGGCUUCGGGAACGUCUCGCCCAACACCAACUCCGAGAAGAUCUUCUCCAUCUGCGUCAUGCUCAUCGGAUCGCUCAUGUACGCCAGUAUCUUCGGGAACGUGUCGGCCAUCAUCCAGCGGCUGUACUCGGGGACGGCUCGGUAUCACACGCAGAUGCUGCGGGUGCGAGAGUUCAUCCGCUUCCAUCAGAUCCCCAACCCACUGCGCCAGAGACUGGAGGAGUACUUCCAACACGCCUGGUCCUACACCAACGGCAUCGACAUGAACGCCGUGCUGAAGGGUUUCCCGGAGUGUCUCCAGGCCGACAUCUGCCUCCACCUGAACCGGACGCUCCUGCAGAACUGUAAAGCGUUCAAGGGCUCCAGUAAAGGCUGUCUGCGGGCGCUGGCCAUGAAGUUCAAGACCACACACGCUCCUCCGGGAGACACACUGGUGCACGCCGGCGACGUCCUGACCGCGCUGUACUUCAUCUCUCGCGGCUCCAUCGAGAUCUUACGUGGAGAUGUGGUCGUGGCCAUCUUAGGGAAGAAUGAUAUAUUCGGCGAGCCCAUAAACCUGUACGCGCGUCCUGGGAAAUCUAACGCAGACGUGAGAGCGCUGACGUACUGCGACCUCCAUAAGAUCCACCGGGAAGAUGUGCUGGAGGUGCUGGACAUGUACCCGGAGUUCUCCGACCACUUCUGGAGUAACCUGGAGAUCACCUUCGACCUCAGAGACACGAACAUGAUUCCCGGCUCUCCCAGCAGCGAUGAUUCGGAUUGCGUCGGCUUCAACAAACUGCGGAGACGGAAACUUUCAUUCCGACGACGAACGGAAAAAGAUGAUGCAGAUGUUGGAGAGAUCAAGAAGAGUCAGAAACCUGUUCGGAGAGGCCGAAAACAAGCAGCCAAUAACAAGAGUGAACUGGACCCGGGAUGGAAGGAGCCUCGGGAUUCUGUGUCCUCUCACUCCAGUGGGGACGAGGGGGAGGAGCCUGAGCACACAAGCCCCGCCCCUCUCGCGUCACUCAUGGUUGUCACUGAGGGAGAGGCCGAUCCGAAAGCAGGAAACACAUGUAACGCCCUAUCAGGUGCUUUCUCAGGUGUGUCUAACAUCUUCAGUUUCUGGGGUGAUAGUCGUGGGAGGCAAUAUCAGGAGUUGCCCCGCUGUAACCGUCCGCAUCCCAGCAGCCUCAGCGUCAGCCGGCAGCAGCGCAGCCUCAUGGAGGGCCGACUCGAGCUACUGCAGAAACAGCUCAACAGACUGGAGAGCCGCAUGUCGACGGACAUCAGUGCGAUCAUGCAGCUCCUGCAGAGGCAGAUGAUGCUGGUCCCUCCGGCGUACAGCACCGUUUCUCCAUCACUGUUCCCCGACAGACUCGUGCAGCCCGUCACUCCGCUGGAGUCACACACACUCGCCUCUCUCUCACAGUCGUGCGAGUCUCUCCAUCCGGCAGACGCUCUUCUCUCUGGAUCCUCGAACCUCGGGACCCGAGCGGAGCAGAGGCGCUUCUCUCUGCAGGAGCCGCAGACGACACACACACCACACACACCACAGAAACACAGCUCAGACCCGGGGAGCUAGAGACUCGCUCUCUCCGUUCUGCUUCUGAGGAGUUUCAGAGACACACUGGAGCUGGUGAUCACGAACGACAGCGAUGAACUUCACUCGUCUCCACUGCUGUCCUCCACUAUUGGAGAUCCAUAAACAAACAAUAAUGAUUAUUACUAAACUCAAAGUAGCCAUUAUGUCUUGCACUGAAUUUUCCAGACUCUCUCGAUCUAUAUCUUCACGUCUACGGCGCUUCCAAAACGAAGAACUGGUUGAACUUGUUAGUGUUAGCUGGCCUAACAGAAGGAGAUACGACUACUAAUAAUAAUCGGAUGUGUUCUGUCUGUCUGUCUGUCUUUGCCUUCAUUUACUGUGCAAGAACGACGAAGAAGGCGGAGCCUCAAGCCCCGCCCACUCACACUGGAUUGGCUGGAUUGCAGUGGGUGGGGUGAUUGACAGCUUUUUGAAGCUGUGAAGAGUCACGUGUGUGACGCCGAGACCAACCGUAUGCAACGCGCGUUAGUUAGUGAUUUUUAAAGUUGGAACACAUUAGCUUUAGCAAUACAGAAUCCUUUAAACCACAAAUGAAACCAAAUACUGAAGAUUGGGUGUAAAAGUUGAUCUUUUUCAGUGAUUUUCCAUCAUCUGUGGUGUUUACGGCCCUGCAGCCACAGUCACAUGAUUAUUCAUUAUUAUUCGGUUGAGCUCUUGAACCUGAUGAAUUCAUUAAAAACAGACGUGUGGACCAAUAACACAAAGAAACUUUACGAUAAGCUAUUAAGCAUGCGAUAAUAAACAUACACUUUUAAUAUAAGGCACUUUUUUAUGGCAGACUUUACUGUUAUCAUAUUUAAAUUAUUAUAGCAUUUAAUCCAAGCGUUUGUGAGGAAAGAAGAGCAUAUUAGCAUGAGAACCUGUUUAAUCAUGACAACGAUUGUAUCAUUCUGCCUUUCAGCUCUUUAUGUUUUUGUCCAUACCAAAUAUGAUAUUUCAUUUGAACUGAACGCAAAACAUCUGAAGAACAAUUCCAACACUACUGCAUUAAAUAUCAAGAUUCCCUUUUACUUUGAUGAAUGCAAGAGUUUGCACAUAUUUAUCUAGUACGUAUUUGUUGUUGAUUUUAUUAUUAAUAUUAGUGUCUCUGUAGAUUCUGUGUAUACGAGUCUUUUCAGCGCCACAUAUGGGUGAAUCUCACACAUCCAGAUCAAAUCUGACCCCAAUAUCACAAAAAAACGAGAGAAAAAAUAUUAUAUUAGCAUAAAGACAACAACGCUUAUUUUUAGGACCAUAUGAAUAUCCAUGAGAUAUUGGAUAAUCAUAACCGUAAUAUAUAUAUAUAUAUAUAUAUAUAUAUAUAUAUAUAUAUAUAUUAAUUGAUCAUAAAUAAAAGGUAAUGCUGCAACAAACACUAUUUUUAACUUUCAGUGCAAAAAAAAAUGUUUCUUAAAUGUAAAAUAAAGCUGCUUUUAUUUUGUAAUGUGUUGAGAUUCUCCCUCACGUGGCGGCAGUGUUUCUGUUUGUACGGUUGUGUUGAGAGACACACAUUAUUGAUUUAUUUUUAGUUGAUUUGGUGGUUUGUUUGUAAUCCAGGAGAAUUUGAGUUCAUGUCCUGAUGUUCAGUCAUUAAUGCAGCUCAUAUAACAACAUGAUUGUGUUUCGAGCUCUGUUAUGUUCAUGUACGUUUAUCUGAUGAUAAUCCUCCUGCUGAGAUGGGUUUGUGUGUGUGUGUGUGUGUGUUUCUCUUGAUGUUCGGUGACCUGUGCUCUUUAAAGGGACUCGAACACUACGAGAUAACGGGUCCAUUUGAGCCCGAUUCUCCAAAUCUUAUGGAGCGAAUUAUCUGCCAUAAUUAAACAAACAAGUACAGCAUUUUGCAAACACACUCCAUCUGCUUUGCAAAGGAAAACUUGACUCAAAAAACAAACAGAAAGCAAUUUGCAAAAAAGAAGUCAAUUUGAGCAAAAAUGCAGUGAAAUAACCAAUAUUGUGUUUUACAAAUAUAAAGAAAUGAGUCUAGAUAAUAGGCUAUUUCACAAAUAAAUACAAACCAUCCGACAAAUUGCAUGUAAUCUUUGAACAAGUGUACGUCUCAUUUGUUUGUUUAAUUAUGGCACAUAAUUCGCUCCAAAAACAUCUUCCAACAGUCCUAAAGGAAAGGUCCCGAUUAUCUUGCUCAUAAUUGAUCUGAUCAGAUUUCCCUGUGUGUGUGAAGUGUGUGUUAAGAGUCAUUGAAUCUGCCGCUCGGCAUUGUUUGUUUAAUUUUAAGUCACGUUUAACCACGAGAUAUUUAGCGAGAUUUCCUGUGUAUACACUCCAGUUAUUAUAUAUUAUUCUAAAUCUUUAUAUUUGAAAGCCGAUAACUGAUAUAUCGGCCGAUAAAAAUCCACAUUUUAUCAGUCGAUAUAUCGGCUAUCAUGCUCUCAGUUAUUAUAAAUAAUUCUAAUUAUUUAUAUUUGAAAGCUGAUAACCGUUAUAUCGGCCGAUAAAUCUAAAUCCACAUUUUUAUAUAGGUUUAGAUUUAUCGACCGAUAUAUCAGUUAUUAUGCUCUCAGUUAUUAUAUCCUAAAUUCAUAUUUCAAGCAAUUCAACAAGCAGAACAGGCCAAACACACACACACACACAUCCAUGAACUAGUGUGAUUAUAAACAGGCUUUAGUUUGCAAUCAUGAAGGACAUCCUGUGUAUGUACAUAUUUCUUUUUUUAUCUUUUUGAGUUUUAAUUUAUUUUGCUAAUUGGUUUACACUGGAUUGCUCUUUGUCUCCUGCCUGAUUUUGCUGUACAUACGGAAGUCUUUACUCCCGCAUCCCUAUAGCCGACUCUAUGCAGAAACGCAUUUCCUUGGCAUGCUUUGAAAUGCAGAAAAUAAUAAUAAAAAAGAAAAACUAGAGGAAAAUACAUACGUUUGACCUUUCAUUUUUAAAGAAUAACUCUGUUAAUAAUUAUGUAAGUAUUUCAAUGAUAUAUAAAUAUAAAGGUAAUAAAGGCAGAUUUCAUGUAAUCCGCA